ACACUGACUGACCUACACUGACCUGCCUGCUCCUCCCCAAUCCGUCAGCCAGGCAGGCAGGCCUCGGAACAAUCACUCACUCAGCCACUGCCGGUCGACGUGCUGGCCGACGCCUGAAAGCCAACCAGGGAGGUCACAGGAAACCAAAAUGAACGAAAUUUAGUGAACCCAACUUCUCUCCUGUCUGGCUUCCGUCUCAUCCAGCUGUCUGUCUGUCUGCCUCACCCGCUGCAGUGCGUAGAUUUCCAUGUCCACACACGUGAAGGUCUGCGCAGCAGCCAAGGUGGGCCCAUCCGCUGGUGUCGUCGUAGCUGCCUCUGUAUGUCUUGCCGGUGGGCAGCUCGUCUCUCUCCAUCCACUGGCUGCAGCGACGCAGGUCCCCGGCCGGACGACCAUCCGGCCCCCCGAUCCCCAGCCACAGGCGGCCGCCACCGAUGGCCACAUAGCCGGCCACGGCAACACCGUUGGUGGCCUUGACUGCCCCCUGUGUGCGGGCGACAUUCACAUACUGCUGGUCGUCCGGCACUGCGAUGUGUGUGAUGCCGUCGGCCUCGCUGAAGGCGCCACACACCGAGUAGAGGGCCAAGGGGCACUUGGUCGUCUCCACGGCCGUGGCGUCAGCCGGCUGCUUGAGCUGUCCGUUGAGGUGGGCGGCGAUGACGUGGUCGCCGGUGUCCUUGAUGACCAGCAGCAGAGUGGUGGCGGUGCCCACCUUGGCCAGCAUGGUGGGGUACAUCCAGCCGUCACACGCACCCCUGACACACAGCCACACACACACACACACACACACAGAGAGAGAGAGAGAGAGCGACUCAGUGACAUCACCACUGCUUCUGUCUGUGUGCUGGUCACACACUUGUAGAGCAGCUUCGGCGUCGCAUUGGCAUUGCCCGUCAUGUUGAUGAGCUCCUGCAGCUUCGCAGCAGACAGGACGGGCUCGGCCGGACGAGUCGUCGAUACCUGCAGACAGACAGACAGACAGACAACGGUCCAUCAUAGACACAUUAACUCAGCCCCCCUUCGUCGAUGUCUGACUGACCUCAUACACCUCCAGCCGCUGGGCAGUGAACAGAUGGCUGCCCGCCAGAGUGGCCCGUCCGGUGGUGCUGCUGUAGCCGCCCAGGUAUGUCUUGCCGGCGGGCAGCUCGUCCCUCUCCACCCAGUGGCCGCAGCUGCGCAUAUCGGGGCCCGGACGACAAUCCACCCCAUACCCCAGCCACAGGCGGCCACCGCCGAUGGCCACAUUGCCGCUGCUAACACCGUCGCUGCCCUUGACCGCCCCCUGUGUGGCGGCGACCUCCACAAAAUGCUGGUCGUCCGGCAUUGCGAUGUUGACGAUGCCCUCGUCCUUGAACGCACCACUGAUGGAGUAGAAGGUGGUGAGGCGGCCGGUGCGCACCGCUGCUGUGGGGUCGGAUGGCGCGAUGAGGGGGCCGUCGAUGAGGCAUGCGAGGAUGUGGUGGCGAACCUCACUCUCAUCACACGUGUUCGAUGACUGACAUGGUGCUGGCGAAACGGCCCAGACCCGAGAGAAAAAGCCCGUCAGCCAAGCGCGCAAAGCUGGCAACAGAGAGGCUGCUCGGGAGGUGAGUCGCGUCCAUGACGGAGAGACGGGCCCACACUCAGCUUCGAUGACGAACAGCAGGCCGCCUUUUGCACCCGCCACUCGGUCGAGCAGAGCCUCGUGCGACCAGCCAUGCUGAGAACUCCUGACGCACCCACACACAUGAGCAGAUCCUGUCUGUUGUGUGUUCUCAUUCUCUCUGCUGCGAGUGCUCACCUGAAGAGGCGGCGUAUGCGGCUGUGGGAUUUGCCGAUCAUGGUCAGGUACACACACUCCAUCAGGUCGUACAUCUCAAAGGCACUCAGCAGCUGCGGCCAGUCGUCGGCGAUGGGGAGGGCCGUGACGGCCUCGGGGGCCAGGCGACGGCGGCGGACGAAAUCCACGACCCUGUGAGAGAGCCAGGCCAGGCCACCCACAGAUGCCCUCUGUCUGCCUGUGAUGUGUCGCCUUACUUCUCGAAGGUGGCCGUCGGCACACUGUCGUCGGUGACGGGUGCCGCAAACCUGCACACACACACACACACACACACACACACAAGAGUCCAUACUGCGCCGUUUCCCUCCUCCUCAUUUGCCCCAACUCACUCGGUGAAUCGUCUGCCGAAGGUGUCGAGUCCCGCCAGAGUGGCGUCCGUCGUGGAAACAGUCGUGCCAUGGACAACGGCACUCAGCACCUUAUAGCCGCCCGUCCCUCUGGCCGCCGAUGACUUGAUGAAGCGGCCCAUCACCGCCAUGAAGUUCUGGAAGGCCUCACUGCCCUGGUCGUUCUGUGGCGUCAUACUGAGUGUCGUCUUGGCGAAGAACAGGUCGUGGUAGAAGGCCUUGACGGGGCAGUCGUCAGAGAACAGCUUGAUGUCGUCGAUCCAGCCCGCCUUGAGAAAACCCAACUUGACAUCCAACCUGACACACACAGAUGGAGAGAGUCAGACACGCGGCCAGUGGAUGGAUGUCAAUCAAACAACAUGGGCUGCUUCCCGCCCACCAGAUGAAGUAGUGCGGGUUUGCGUCGAUGAAGGUGAUGCCGUCGGUGUCCUCGAGCAGCGACUCAUCAAAGCGGUGAAACAACACAGCCAGGCGUGUGUCCUUGAGGCCAUCUUGCAGCAGCACUUCACGAGGGAACUCCAUGGUGCAGCCGCCCACGUUGAUCCGCCAGGGCUUGUCUGCUUGAGUGCCGCUGCUUUCUGGCGCGUCCUUGGCAGUGACAGGUGGCUCACCGGAGGGAUCCUUCAUGGCUGAACCUUUUUUCCUCACGCAGUGGGAUGAUUGAUGGUAGUGAAUGUCGAAAGCAGCCGGCUCGUGCUUC